AUGCCCGGACCUGCACCGAGAUACUGGUACCUGCACCGAGACACCUGGACCAGCACCAAGACACUGGCACCUGCACCGAGAUACUGGUACCUGCACCGAGACACCUGGACCAGCACCAAGACACUGGCACCUGCACCGAGAUACUGCGAGACACUGGUACCUGCACCGAGACACCUGGACCUGCAUCCGGGACGCCUGGACCUGCGGCGAGAUAUUGGCACCUGCACCGAGACACUAGUACCUGCACGGACACACCUGGACCUGCACCGAGACACUGGUACCUGCACGGAGACACCUGGACCUGCACCGAGACACCUGGACCAGCACCGAGAUACUGGUACCUGCACGGACACACCUGGACCUGCACCGAGACACUGGUACCUGCCUGAGACACCUGGACCAGCACCGAGACACCUGGACCUGCACCCGGCCACCUGGGCCUGCAUCGAGACUCCUGGACCUGCUCCGAGAUACUGGUACCUGCACCGAGACACCUAG